AUGAAUUACCCCCAUUUCCCUGCCGGCUUCGCGGAGGCCAUGCAGGAGGCACAGCGGCCCGGCCGAAGCAUCGGCGAGGUGCUGCAGAGACCUGGCAGCUUCAAACAGGGGAAGAUUGGAAGCAUAAGAGGAGAAAGAAUUGUAGUUACAACAACCUUGGUGGUGGGUGGUGCUGCGCUCAUGAAAGUGGUGUUAGCAGGGGCUUGGGUGAAGGAGGAGGAGGAGGCGGUGGUGCCGCUGUAUGCAUGGACAUACCUAGCCGAAGCCCUCAGCAUAAGGGGUAUGGAGAACCAUGGAAGACAUGAUUACCUUCUUUCUUCGCCAUUUGGCUGCGCACUGGACUGGAUGGAGGGCAUUCGGGCCGUUCUGGUAGACAAGGACCGGAAGCAGAAUUGGAAGCCCUCCUGGGACGAAUUGCACGAGGUUUCAGCGGAGAAGGUUUCAGAGUUCUUCUCGCCCCUGGAUGCUGGCCACUCUCGGGGGGAGUUGCGCUUGGAGGACAUUUUUGCCUUCA